AUGCCGUCGCAUGAGCUCUAUGGAUCUAUCCACGUCAUCCUUUUUACGCGAGCCGUCGGAUUGCGCCACCAGCUCCUCACGACCGUUCGAUACGGACAGGUCGGCCACAUCGUCUCCAUCGAAUCACGAUUCUUCGACCGCUUUCUCCGCUCGUGGCUGUGUGCUAGAAAAAAACCACCUCCACGGCAUGGGCGCAUUCACCCCGACCCCAGCCCACGUUCUCCGUGCUCCUCGCCACCUCGAAGGACCGUGCUCUGGCUCCACUGCCGCCUCGCCGGCGCGCUGCGCCCGCUCCUAGCUUCUCCAGGCCUGUCGCCGCUCCUUCUCUAUCUCCAAGAGCCCGCGCCAAAUCCGAGAGGAUUUGAUCUAGAUGAGGGGGAAGAAUCCGGCCAGAGGCCCUGCUGUAGGCUGAAGCCCGACCGCACGCGGCCUUGUGUCGCGCCGCCCCUGCUGCUGUCUGCUGAGGAGAACGGGCUGAUCCCCUGGUGCGUCGGCGGAUUGGCGACUCGGCCGAAGGCCGUCGCCUCCCGGUGCUGCCCUGUGUCCUGCCGGCCGGUAGCCCCUGCUGUCGGGUCCCCUGCUGCCGUCUCUGGCGCCGAUGGAAGAAAGGGGCCUAGCCCCUGCUGCGUCGCACCGCCUCACCACCAGGCCAGGAGCCCUGCUGCGCUGAGGCCCGGUCGCAUGUGGCCGAAGGCCGUGGCGUCCCCUGCUACUGCCGUGGAGCCGGGCCAGCCAGAGCCCCUGUUGGUCGCUGCCCUUGUGCAGUGCCAUUUCCCCCGGUGA